AUGACGGUGCAGAAAGUGCAGGGGAAGCUGCACAUGGGACAUGAAACUCAGGCUGUAAGAAAAGACUUGACCCAACUGGAAAGGUACAACUUCUGUCUGGAGGAAAAGAAGACCCCCAAACAGCCCGAAAGCCCCCGCUCCCCUCAGCCCCGGGCACCCUGCCUGCAGCUCGCCCGGAAAGACCGAAUCUCCCCAAACUCAGAGACCCCGAAAGCCGUCAUCCGGGGACGCAAGGCUCCCGGGCCUCGGGGCCGGGACGCGAUGAACCGCGGCCGCGAGACGCAGGAGCGCCCCCAGGGCGACGCGGGGCGGACCCGGCGGAGGCCGCAGGCCGAGGAUGCUUUCAAGGACAUCUCCGUCUACUUCUCCCGGGAAGACUGGGCGGCGAUGGGCGCCUGGGAGAAGAGCCGGUACCGCAACGUGAAGAGCAACUACGAAGCGCUGCUCGGCCUAGGUCUCAGGGCCCCGCGGCCGGCCUUCAUGCGCCACCGCGGGCGGGCCGCCGCGGCCCGGGGGGCGGCCAGCGACGACUCGGACGAGGAGUGGACGCCCAGGCAGCGAGUGAAACCUUCUUGGGUGGCCUUCAGAGGGGAGCAGAGUAAACACCAGAAGGCAAUGUCCACGCCAUUAAGCAAUGAAUAUAGUGUGAAGGAAUUGUCCGGAACAACAAAUUUGAUGACUGCAAGUGGCUCAGAGCAGGCCCAGAAACCAGUGUCCCCUCUUGGAGAAGCAAGUGCCUCUGGAGAGCACAUUAGACAAAAAUCAGAACCCAGGAGAAAGGAGAUAGAUGUGAAGAUGUACAGCCUACGAGAAAGAAAGGGCCAUGUAUACCAAGAAGUCAGCGAGCCCCAGGACGAUGACUACCUUUAUUGUGAAAAGUGUCAGAACUUCUUCAUCGACAGCUGUGCUGUGCAUGGGCCCCCUACAUUUGUAAAGGACCAUGCAGUGCACAAGGGGCAUCCCAACCGCUCAACCCUCACCCUGCCCCCUGGGUUGAGAAUCGGACCAUCUGGCAUCCCUGAGGCUGGGCUUGGAGUGUGGAAUGAAGCAGCUGAUUUGCCAGUGGGUCUGCACUUUGGCCCUUAUGAAGGACACAUCACAGAAGAUGAAGAGGCAGCCAACAGCGGCUACUCCUGGCUGAUCACCAAAGGGAGAAACUGCUAUGAGUAUGUGGAUGGGAAGGACCAAUCCUGGGCCAACUGGAUGAGGUAUGUGAACUGUGCCCGGGAUGACGAAGAGCAGAACCUGGUGGCCUUUCAAUAUCACAGGCAGAUUUUCUACCGAACCUGCCGGGUUGUCAGGCCGGGCUGUGAGCUGCUGGUCUGGUACGGGGAAGAGUAUGGCCAGGACUGGGCAUCAAGUGGGGCAGCAAGUGGAAGAGAGAGCCCGUGGCCGGGAGAGAACCAAAGCCAGAGGUGCACCCAUGUCCCUCCUGCUCUCUGGCCUUCUCCAGUCAGAAUUUCCUCAGCCAACAUGUGAAGCGCAGCCACCCCUCUCAGAGACUUCCAGGAACAUCUGCAGGAAAACACCUCCAAGCAGAGGGACCCUGCCCAGAGGGUCAGAAUCAGCAGCAGCAACAUACUAGCACGCACAGCUGGAAAGACACCACUGAGGGACGAGAGGUCAAAGGAAGGUCAGCACCUCAUGGUGCACAGCAUACGGACUCCCGACCAGUCCUCACUGGGUCUGAGCCUCAGCUGUGCCCUCUCCAGCUGUGUGACCUAA